AGACUGACAGUUAGCAAGAGGACUGAAGACGUAGUUUGUUGGCGCUUAACCAAGUAAAACAAACUACAAACACAUUUUACCAUUCUUAAUACAUUUAGACAUCAAUUUUGCUUUUAAAACUAGACAAAACACCAACUGAAGAAAAAAAAAGCUUAGGAGGGGGUGUGACUGGUCUCAAAUCAGAGCCAGACGCGCGUCAAACUGCCUUUAAAGAGGGCACUGCGCCAGGCUAUGUGCCAUCGAAAGCCAGUGACCAAGAAAAAAUCGGAAAAGAUCGUAAAAAGGUAGACGACCGAGGGGGUACAUCGUGUAAAGAGAGGCACGAGUAACCAAACCCUAAAGAAGCAGUCUUUGUUGCCUUCAUAUUAUGUGAGAGCGCACUAUUUGAUUCUCUACGACGCGGAGAAAAUGUGCGGAAGGGGCAUGAUAUGCCACUGGGAGGUCUGUGGCGACAGACACUCCAUCAAGGAAACGGAAAAGGUGAAGAAGGAGUCGAGUAGAAGCAAAGGGAGCGGUAAACACAGAUGGCACAAAUGGGGAAGGAGGCACGCAAGAAGAGCGCACUGUCCAGAAAUGUGCAAAACUCGCGCAAGACUGUCGCGCGCGCCUGGCACGAUGGUUACGUUGCGCCCUGCCAACAUUCAGGGCAACCGAGCGCCUGGCAUGAGGGCGCCGAGGAACACCAAUCAAUUCCUCAUGCAUGAAAAAUACCAGAUGAUGCAUAUGCGAUCGGACUCGGUGGGCAUCGACAGCGGGUCCGACUGCGAAAUGGACUUUGCGGACAUGGACUCGUACCUUGGUGUGCUUGAGAACGCUAGAGGCGCACUUUUGGACGGUCCAGAACUGCCGCCCACAUUUUACGCACGACAGUUGAGCCAAUGCCAGCAGUUUUCAUUCUUCAACUUCGACCAAGAAGAAAGCAUGCAGUAUUUCCCAUCCGAAGCUGACAUGAUACAAAGUGAAGAUUUCAUGCAAAGGGACUUCAAACAGUUUUGUGACACCGUGGCACCUUGUAUUUAGACACCUGCCACUAGGUAACAUGCUUACAUCAUCAAUUUGCUCAUGCAUGAACUGGUUGUGAUUUUCAGAACAAAAUCUGCUGAUUGCAAUGUCAAGGCAUUUGUUUGUUUGUUUGUUAAUUCUGUAUAAUGUGCUGCUACGGUCGAUCUGUUAUGGGUGGAAAAUGAGAGGAGCCAAAGUGGGAGUGAGACCGGCCAUCCAAUCACGAUCGAGAUAAUUUGAUCACUCAUGACAAAAAUACACUUGCAGUGUGCACUGCAAAACUAUCCCAUGUGACCGUAUUUCAUAAUAAAUCAACACUUU